UAUACAGCACCAUAUUCAAGAAUGCCUCGAAUUGACAAUGACAUAAAAUUGGACUUCAAGGAUGUGCUCCUUCGACCAAAGAGGAGCACCCUGAAGAGCCGGAGUGAGGUCAACCUGCAUCGAACAAUCACCUUCAGGAAUUCAAGAAAAUCAUAUGAAGGAGUCCCAAUCAUUGCAUCCAAUAUGGAUACCAUUGGCACAUUUGAGAUGGCAAAAGCCUUGGCUAAAGUGAAAUCCAAGGGGCAUGGUUCAUGUGAAGAUUUUCUCAUUGCAGCACAGUCUCUUCACAGCCAUUCAUAA